GCAGACACACCCUGCACCAGGACACAUCGGUGGACAGAACAAGGAAGCCCCUUUACAGACACCAAAGUCUGGGAGAAAGAUACUCAUACAACACAAUCACACACUUUCAGGGGGAGGAUGGUGGGCUAAGUGAGCCACAGAGAGUGAGAACUGGACUUAGCAGAUCUCACACAGUGUGCUCCAUUAGUCCACGAUCCACUCUCUUGGACUCCUCAGACUCAGCUGGCCCGGCUCAGACUAGAUCAAUGGAUCCAAAAGCUGCUAGAGAAGACCUAGUCUCUCCAAAACAUCAGGAAACCAUGGAGAGAGCCGCCAGGAAACACCUCAGCUUUGUUUUGGAGAAUGAGAAGCAGCAAUGAAUGCAGACUGUGAGACACGGGGAGGGAGGGAGGAAAAACAUAUGAAAGCAAAGAACUCAGCGUGUUCCAUCAUUUGAAGUGAUAAGUACCUUGUAUUCCUUUAAGCACAGAGAUGUGAGGUGCAAAGCAGAACUAGUAGAAGUCUUCAGCAAUUUCAUGGACGCAUCCAAAGUAAAUUCCUCAUAAAAUGAAUUUAAUGGUUUUAUUUAUUUAUUCAGAGUAUUUGCCGGCUACAAUAAAGCUUUUCUCAGCUCUAUGUUUCACCUCUUGAACAACUCUUGCAUCUCCAGCCUAAUUCAUUUUCAAAGCACCAUUCCCAGAGUAACACAAACAUUACAAAUACCUCGCAGUCAUAAAUGCUGAUACCUGCUGCCCACAACGUCCUCACGCCAAUCUUUCCUCUCCUUGUUUCCUUUACAAAUGCACAGCAAAAUACAUACACUGGUAAUCUGACGAGGACAGGCUUACUGCAUCCUAAAAUAACUCCUGUCCCCCCACCUCCCUCUGUUUGACCUGCUCAGUUACUGUAGCAUUUUUUUCCUCACAGCUCCCAGCAUGCCAGGGAGUGGCUGAGAGAGGCUGGCCAUGUUCUUUAGGAUUGGGACUGGGCAGACAGCCUUCAGAGUGGACACAAGUAAGGAGUCACUGACCUGAAGACUAAAAGCUAAGAGGAAUCAUACUUUAAAGCGGGGUAAAGGCCGGAGUUAUGAGGGUGGGAGCUGCAGCCCUGUCUGGGGGGAUUUUUGGGGUAAUAGGGACUCUGUGUUUCUUCCUGGCAUUUGGUACUGACUACUGGCUGGUCGCAAGCGACAACUGCGGACCAUAUAGAUGGCAAACACAAACGACACCGAUGGGGGACAAAGAUGCCAACAGGACUGAGACGCUGUUGGUGGAAGAAGCGAGUACCUCCCCUCCUUCCCUCACGCUGCACCACGAGGGCUUUUUCUGGCGCUGUGCGUUUCAGGUGGAGCCCACGACGCACGCAGUGCUGGCCACUCUCUUCACAAACCAGCCAGAGUCUAAGGUUUGCAUCCAUGGUUACCUCUUCCCGCUACCGGUUGCAGUUGGACAAGUCCCUCAUCCAAAUUAUGACCCCACAGCAGUGUUUCGGGGCUUCUGGACCGUGCUGAUAAUCCUCGGACUCGUCUUAGCUCUGGCUGGAGGCUUCCUCUUGGUCUGUGGUGUUCCUUUCAUCAGCUACAAACUCUACAAGUUGGGCGGGGCCUUCCUCUUAGCUGCUGCCUGCCUGUUCCUGUUCACGCUUCUGCUCUACGUCCUGUGGAUGGAGGUGGUGGAUGUGAAGAGCUACAUCCUUCAGGAGAGAGGGGAAACAUGUCCGAACGCUGAGGUUUCAGUCCUCUACGGCCUGUCAUUCAUGGUGGCGGCUGCCGGAGUGCCCCUGGAGCUCAUCUCUGGUUUGGUCUUCUUGCUGGUAGGCCGUGCAAUUCAUGCCAGCAAGUGACCUGCCCGCCUGGAUCACAGGGUGGAGAGGAGGGGAGCGGGUGGUGGUGGAGAGGCCUGACUUUUUUAUGUCCUGCACUUGACUGGAUUAGCGUGUUUUUGGGAUGUAAGUACAGGAAAGACUGCCGCUGCUUUGGGUCUCCUGGAAGUUUUCUGUCUGUCUCCCACUUUGCUUAAUUUCUCCUCAAAUGUCACUAUUUACUUAAACAUGUUAUCGCUGCCAUGUUUUACUAUCGCCACAAAUGAUAAGCAGACGGUGAGAAGUGCACGGGUGAGCCAGCUGUGUCCUGAUUCUGGCGCGUGAUCAAAGUGUGUUUAGCUGCAGCAGAGUGAGGUGGGAGGCAGGAAUGGCUGGGUGGACUGGAGGCUUGGGGAGAGGGUGGGGGUGGAGCGGGAAAGAGGAAGAUAUUGGGGGGGGAGAGACAGAAAGAGAGAGGGAGAAUUGAUGCAUGGAGGGGGGCACAAGGGUGCUUUGAGAAAUGAACAGCUGUUUGUGGGUUUGGUUGGUGUACAGCAGGCCAGCCACCUGCCUCCUUCACCCCAAUCACAUUUUACUCCUCAUUCAAUCCCCCCAUGCUUUAUUGUUUCUUUCUGGUUUUUUGUUCUUUUUUCCACCUUUUACAGAAACUUUAGAUUUAGAUUUCAAACCCAGAGUGCAGCUAAAUCCAAAAAUAAUUCCCAAAAUGAGCUGUGCCCUAUAGGAAUCUUUUCUUGUGUUAUUCAAAAGGAGAAACGCUGACGUGUGAUUGUAUCACAAGUGCUACAAUAUUAGCUCGUCUUUCCUUUUCACUGCUCUGAAUGGAAACAAGCGGCCGGACUCUCGAUCACAUAUCAGCUUUCAUCUGAGGAGCAAGAACGGCAGUGAUAGUGGUGGGGUGUAUGUCUGCUUCAAAGGACUCGACACACGUGUGUUCAUGCACACGCAAACACACACACAUACACGCUGUGAUCAAACUGUCCACUGAUUUCUGAAAUACACGUGCACAUAAUAUCUAAAUAUCGUUACUAGAGCUGCUUUAUGCAAGACCGACUGUAACAUCUUUGCAAUGAAAUUCUGUGUGUGGAAUUAUUUCUGUGCAGAAAAUACAACAACAUAUAUCAAUAAAACUGAUUCGACUUUGUGACAUAACAAAUGAACACUGGGUCCUUUGAGCAGGAAGUCUGAACAGCUGAGCACAGCUGGUUUCUGACAGGAUUUCAACCACAGGGGGAAAAAAAGCACCACUUCUGAUCUGAGGAAGCGUGAUGACAGUCUGACAGAUGAAAAACAAACAGAAGAAGUCAAAGCCUGUGGCAUGCAGUCAGUGAUUUGCUAGUGGCGCUACAUGCGAGGCCGAUGAUGUGGUUGUCGCUACCAUUGCUGGCCACUCAGACAGACUUGGACCAGCGGAUGUCUCCAGUGACAGUUGAGCUUUAAUGGCAUGUUUUACAUUAGCUUUGUUUUCUGUUAAGUGUACUAUCACUGAAAAUAAUUUAAUAGCAAGUAAUAAGUGUCCUGUUUUCAUUCCAUUUAAGGAGCACUUAGCAUUCCCUCUGA